AUGUACCGACUUGUUCUGUUGUUAUGUGGCGCUGUCGCAUUCGCCGCUGCCGAUUCAGCAACAAAACCGAAAGGACCAAAAGUCACAGAUAAAGUCUGGUUCGAUAUUGAAUCGAAUGGACGUUCCUUAGGCAGAAUUGUCAUUGGUCUCUUCGGGAAGACGGUACCGAAAACCGCUCAGAACUUCAUAGAGUUAGCGAAGAAGCCCAAAGGGGAAGGAUAUGUAGGCAGCAAAUUUCAUCGUGUUAUUGCGGAAUUUAUGAUCCAAGGUGGGGACUUCACACGUGGAGAUGGAACUGGUGGCCGAUCGAUUUAUGGUGAAAAGUUUCCGGACGAGAACUUCAAACUCAAACAUUAUGGAGCUGGUUGGGUAUCGAUGGCUAACGCGGGUAAAGACACUAAUGGUAGUCAAUUUUUCAUCACGGUCAAAAAGACGCCGUGGUUGGAUGGUCGACAUGUCGUUUUUGGAAAAGUAUUGGAGGGUAUGGACGUAGUGCGUGCGAUCGAAACGGUCCCGAAAACUGCCGGUGACAAACCUAUAGAUGACGUUAUUAUUGCUAGUGCCGGGCAUGAAGUGGUCAAUGUGCCCUUCUCCGUUGAAAAAUCAGAUGCUGUUUAA